CACACAAGGGUCAAAUCCGACUAUUUUUCAUUUGUCCACCUCCGUGUCGUUAAUUCCACAGACGGUGUUGUCCAUAUCCUCGUAUUCUUGACAAUUUAACUAUGGAGGAAUAAUUCAUCUGUGUAAACUUCAUUGCUGUAACUCAGAUUUGGUUAUUUUGAGUUGCAUCCCUUGCAGCUAGCCUGUCAGUAAAUAUGGCUGCUGUCUUCUUGAAAGUACAUCCUCACAGGGGUCUGAGAGUGUUUUCACAGAAAGUGCUAUGGAGUCCAGGCUCGGUGCGUUGUGCAUCAGUGGCGAGGAUAGAAAAGGUCCUCAUUGCCAACAGAGGAGAGAUAGCUUGCCGGGUGAUGCGCACUGCACGGAAGAUGGGAGUACGCUCCGUGGCGGUGUACAGCGAUGCGGACAGGCAUGCAAUGCAUGUGGCAAUGGCAGAUGAAGCAUAUAACAUCGGCCCACCACCUUCCCAACAAAGUUACCUGCGCAUGGACAAAGUUCUGGAUGUUGCUAAAAAAUCUGGAGCCCAGGCUGUCCAUCCUGGGUAUGGCUUCCUAUCGGAGAACACAGAGUUUGCUGAACAGUGCAAAGAGGAGGGUAUCAUAUUCAUCGGGCCUCCCUCAUCAGCUAUUCGAGACAUGGGCAUCAAAAGCACAUCCAAGCACAUCAUGUCAGCUGCGGGUGUGCCCAUCAUCGGUGGUUACCAUGGAGAGGACCAAUCAGACGAGACACUUCAAGCGGAGGCUGCCAAGAUCGGGUAUCCUGUAAUGAUCAAGGCUGUUCGUGGAGGUGGAGGGAAAGGAAUGCGAAUUGCAAUGUCUGAGGCUGAGUUCCAUGACCAGCUGGAGUCUGCCCGCAGGGAGGCCCGCAAGUCCUUUAACGAUGACGUCAUGCUCGUGGAGAAGUUUGUUGAGAACCCCAGGCACGUGGAGGUGCAGGUGUUUGGAGACCAGCAUGGCAACGCUGUCUACCUGUUUGAGAGGGACUGUAGUGUCCAGAGGAGGCAUCAGAAGAUCAUAGAGGAGGCUCCAGGGCCUGGCAUUAGUGCUGAAGUGCGAAAGAAGCUGGGGGAGGCAGCGGUGCGAGCAGCCAAGGCCGUCAAUUACGUGGGAGCAGGCACAGUGGAGUUCAUCAUGGAUGCUCAGCAUAACUUCUACUUCAUGGAGAUGAACACUCGCCUGCAGGUGGAACACCCCGUCUCGGAGAUGAUCACCGGCACCGACCUGGUGGAGUGGCAGCUCAGGGUCGCAGCUGGAGAGCCCCUGCCGUUGAGUCAGGAGGAGAUUGAGUUGAGGGGCCACUCGUUUGAGGCGCGUAUCUACGCUGAGGACCCCAACAACGACUUCCUGCCCGGAGCCGGCCCUCUGCUGCACCUGUCCACCCCACAGGGGGAUGACGUCACCCGCAUCGAGACCGGAGUACGCCAAGGUGACGAGGUGUCGGUACACUACGACCCCAUGAUUGCCAAGCUGGUGGUGUGGGGUGAGGACCGCGCCGCUGCUCUGAAGAAGCUGAGAUACUGCCUUCGCCAGUACAAUAUUGUGGGCCUGAACACGAACAUAGACUUCCUGCUGAGCUUGUCGGGGCAUCCGGAGUUUGAGGCGGGUAACGUGCACACCAGCUUCAUCCCCCAGCACUACGCGGAGCUCUUCCCCGCCCCCAAGGCCCCCGCCAAGGAGCUGCUGUGCCAGGCGGCCCUGGGGCUGCUGCUCAAGGAGAAGACGCACACGCAGGAGUUCAGCGCCACCUCUAAUGAUCCCUUCUCUCCGUUUGGCUCCAGCAGUGGCCGGCGACUGAACGUGCUCUACACCCGGACCAUGAACCUCCAGCUGGGGGAGAGCACAGUACAAGUGCUCAUCAAAUAUAACCCGGAUGGCACCUACAGCAUGGAGACGGGAGGGGAGGUGUUUGUGGUGUCGGGGGAGCUUCAGCAGGAGGGGGACGCCACGUUCCUGCGCUGCUGCGUCAACGGCACCCUGGCUCGGCCCAAACUGGUCAUCCUCAACAGCACCGUGCACCUCUUCUCCAUGGAGGGCAGUGCUGAGGUCUCUGUGCCCAUACCCAAGUACCUGGCGGGUAUCAGUGUCUCAGCCUCUCAGGCUGGGGCAGUGGCACCCAUGACGGGCACCAUUGAGAAGGUACUGGUGAAAGCAGGUGAUGCCGUGAAGAAGGGAGACGCCUUGAUGGUCAUGCUUGCCAUGAAGAUGGAGCACACCAUCCGUGCUCCAAAGGCAGGCGUCAUCAAGAAGGUGUUCUUCACAGAGGGCUCUCAGGCCAACAGGCACGCUCCCUUGGUGGAACUGGAGGAGGAGGAGAAGAAGGAGGAGGCUGAAGCCAGCGCUUGAGGACCUCCACACUCCACUCUGAGCACAAGUGACACCCAGGGCUGUACUCUGCUGUAGCGCGGAUGUCAUAGGAGAUGGUAUAAGCUGGGAGGACAUACACUAGGCAUAUAGGAGAUGUGAAUAGAUGUAGUUACUGUUAUGUAAAGAGUCAGAGCCAGUCAGUCAGCACUACUAUGUACUACAGAUUUGCAGUUUUUGGAUCACACUGUACAGUUUUUUUGGCCUUGACGAUUCUAAACUGCUGCCUUUUCUUCUCAAUUUGGGGAAAUGACACAAAGGAACUGUAAAGUUUUUAUUAAAAUGUUUUGUUUUUCUAA